AUGCCUGCGCCGAACCUGCCCGGACAGGCUCAGCAGCAACAGCCGGAGCAGCAGCAGCAGCAGCAGCAGGAGGAGGAGGAGGGGCAGGAGAAGGGAUGGGCUUGGCAGGAUGAUCCCUGGGGAAGGUCGGGACUGAGGCGGGCAGCAUCUGACGAUGGUUCCUGGCAGGUUCUGCAGGAGAAGGUGCAGGCAACAGGUGAGACGAUCAAUGAGGAAGGGGGGACAGCAGGGGUUGGAAAGAGGAGUGUGGCUGGGUUGCUGGUGGAAGAGGAGGUGAUUGGUGUGGCUGCAGCAGGUAUUGUGGCCGAUGCUGCUGCGAUCGCGGGCGGAGAAGCAGGGGCAGCAGGAGGAGCAGCAGGAGGAGGGGGAGCAGCAGCAGGACCGGGGACACACGCUAUGGAGUUGAUUAAUCCUAGCGCGGAGUUCUGGGCUGCUGGGUAUGGGAUGGCUGAUUCAGAUGAGCAGCGGUGCGGCAAGAGGAGCCGUAUGCACACUCCUGAGCCUCAGGGGGCGGGUGAGGGGAGUUUCGGAACCUCUGAAAGGCGGUAUUCGCAAGAGGCAGGAGAGGAGAAGGAUGAUUCUGGAAGGGAGGAUGGUAGCGGGGAGGAAGGUGGAAGGGAGAAUGUUGAUGAGGAUAUUAACCUCUCUGCUGCUUUUAUGCACAACCUGAAUCUGCAGCAGGGGCAGCAGCAGGGGCAGCAGGAGGGGCAGCAAGAGGGACAGCAAGAGGGGGAACAGCAGCAUAUGCAGCAGCAGGAGCAGUUGGAGCAGCAGCAGCAGCGGCUGCAGCAGCAGAAUCAGCAGCAGCAGAGGAGGCAGGGAGUGAAUCUGGAGAGGUGGAGCAGCGCCGUGCUUCCAAGCGUGGGGAUUGAUGCCAGCAGCGCAUGGCUGACCAGUGAGGAGCCGCCACGUGUCCCAACUGAGGCCAGGAUUCAUCUCGAGGAGGUUUGGGCGUCGUGGGAGCAGCAGCAGCAGCAGCAGCAGCAGCAGCAGCAGCAGCAGCAGCAGCAGCAGCAGCAGCAGCAGCAGCAGCAGCAGCAGCAGCAGCAGCAGCAGCAGGAGGGAUGGGCGCUACAGGGAGUGAGCGAGGGGGUGAGGGAGGGAGAGUCGGACGGAGAGAGGGAGCGAGGGAGCGAGGGAGAGAGGAGGGGAGAGAAGGAGGGAGUGGGACUGGGAGAGUUGGUGCAAGUGCAAAGUGACUCACACAUGCAAGAACCCCAGGAAUCCCAAGAAGGCCUAGAAUCGCAGGAAAUGCAGACAGCCAGGAAAGCACGGAGAGAGAGGGAGGAGCGAGAGGAGAGGGAUAUGGAAGAGAUCGAGGAGUGGGAGGAUUGGCAGAAGCAGCAGGAGCUGGUAAAGCAGGAGCAACAGGAGGAUCAGGAGGAGAAGGGGGCUCAUGCAAUGCAGGAUGGAGCGAGCUUUCCUAGUGUGCACGUCCCACAAGCAGCAGACCCGAUCUCCACGCAGCUAGGGAGCCUUCUCAACGACUUCAUGCCUAUCCCAGACGUCCCUCACGCUCCCUCUGCCCCGACCUGCUCACCCCAGCCCCCCUCGCUUGCUGCGUCUGCCUUCCAGCCUUCCCACUGGCUUGAGAUUCCUGUUCCCAGCAGCGCCUCUCCCUUAAACCCGAUUAGUCCAGGCCCUUGUGCAGCAGCUGCUGCUGCUGCUGCUGAGGCUGCUGCUGCUGCUGCUGGUGGUGGUGGUGGUACUGCUGCUGGGGGAAUCGCAAGUGUACACCCUGGGACGGAGGGUUCUUCCCAUGGGUACCCUACAGAUAUGAUCGGAGCCCUUGCCCUCGCUCGUGUCCACUCUGCUGCCUUCUCUGCUGCUGGUGGUGGUGCUGCUGCUGGGGGAAUUGCAACUCUACCCCACGGACUGGAGGGAUCCCCCCCCAAAUACCCUAUAAACGCGAGUGGAUUGCUCUCCCUCGCUCGCGCCCAUUCUGCCGCCUUAUCGACUGCUUUCUCCUCUGCUGCCUCUGCAGCCACACCUAACACUCCAUUCCACGCUCCAAGGGCGCUUCCCACCUCUUCAGCAGCAGGAGUGGGAGCCGUGGCUGCAGGCACCCCCUCUGUUGGUUUCUCUAGGGCACGUGCUUAUAACGAGCGCGAUCGUGACGAAUUCGCUGCAGGAGGCGGCAUGGAGGAAGCCGAAAGCAGGCGGCUGGCUUCUGGGCAGUCCAUGGAAGACCUGGUUACCAUGUUACCCAUGUUACCAGCGCUCCCAGGGGGUUACGCAAACUUGCUCCCGGAUGUGGGAUCUGCAGCGGAGGACCCAGAGGUGGUUGACUUGGCCCGUGUGAUUCUCAGGCAGAUUGAGCAGCAUCAGAGGAACACAGCGGGAGGAAGAGGAGGAGGAAGAGGAGGCAGAGGAGCGGCAGGAGCAGGAGCAGGAGGAGGAGGAGGAAGGGGGAAUUCUGGGCAAGGCGGCUCAGGAAACGGCAUGGGGAGAGGAGCGGGUGGUGAGUCGGACGUACCGAGGAGGGAGCAGCAGAUGGGGCACCCAUCAGGGCAGGACCAGGGAGGGCAUGGUCACGGGAAUGCGGGGAGCGGCAGCAGUCCUCCGAGGGACCUUUCCUCUCGGAUUGCAGUGGCUGCGGCUCUUGCUAUAGCAGUGGCCUCUUCUCGAGCGAAUAGAGAUGCUGGUGGAAGAGGAGAGGAAGGAGAGGCAGAGGGAUUUCGAAACACAUUUGCUACCGGUGCUGGGAGGAGUGCAGAAGGUGCUGCUGCCGGUGCUGAUGCUGCCAGUGCUGGUGCUGGUGCUGCUGGUUUUGCUGCUGCACGUCCUUUCCUCUGUGAUGCUACUACUGAAUCUCGCAUGGAUUCGGAGAUGUUGGGAGCGGUGGGAGGGGAGAGCGGCAACCCGCAGCACCAUGACGUGUUUGCGCUGUUGGGAGGAGGGGAUACUGUCAGCAUUAGUGACUUUAUGGGAGAUGGGGAUGGGGUUGGCAAGUGA